AUGCCUCGAUCUUCUCGUACAGGAAACCUCGAGUUUGACCCGGAGAUCGCGAAAACUGCCAGGAGGCUAACGAAGGAGACCAAGUUGCUAAAACAACAACCUUCCGCGACCCUGCUUUCCGGAGUUGAACGAAGUUUUGACUUGGGCGACUCAUCAGUUGAGCUGGAAGACGACUUCCCUGGACUAGACGAGACAAUGGCAGCCCAAAGGACUUUGAGGGAGCUCGCAACCCCGAAUGUUAACCAACAACCUCUGUGCAUCACAUACACAGAUACUGAGGAAGCUUUUGAGCUAAAAUCUGGAUUAAUUCACUUAUUGCCGAUUUUUCGUGGUAUUGCAGGUGAGGACCUACACAAGCACUUGAAGGAAUUCCAUGUAGUGUGUUCCACCAUGCGACCUCAUGGCAUUACUGAGGAACAAAUCAAGUUGCUUGCAUUUUCGUUUUUCUUAGCAGACAAGGCUAAGGAUUGGCUUUUCUACUUGCCAUCAGGGUCCAUCACUAUGUGGGAAGGCUUAAAACGACAAUUUCUUGAGAAGUUCUUCCUCGCUUCGAGGGCAGCCAACAUCCGCAAGGAGAUAUGUGGAAUAAGGCAGGCAAAUGGAGAAACCCUCAAUGAAUACUGGGAGCGUUUCAAACAAUUGUGUGCCAGUUGCCCGCACCAUCAAAUUCCUGACCAACUGUUGAUCCAAUACUUCUACGAAGGACUUCUUCCAAUGGAGAGGAGCAUGGUGGAUGCAGCCAGUGGAAGAGUUUUGGUUAAUAAAACCCCAGAUGAAGCCAAACUGCUGAUUUCAAACAUGGCUGAGAACUCUCAGCAGUUUGGGACCCGGUCCGAGGGCAUAACUAGGAGAGUCAAUAAGGUCAAUCAUGUUGACCUGGCACAUCAGUUAAUAGAGCUAACAACUUUGGUUCGACAGAUGGCAAUGGGGAAGGUUCAAACUGUAAAAACAUGUGGGAUAUGUGCGGCCCCCGAACAUGUAACCGACAUGUGCCCAACUCUUCAGGAAGAUCCAUAUGAGCAGGCCAAUGCCAUGGGAGGUAUGUCUGGACCACCCCAAUGGAGAAAUGACCCAUAUGCGCCCACAUACAAUCCAGGGUGGUGGAACCACUCCAACUUCAGCUAUGCUCAGAAACCUUCGGGAUUCCAAAAACCAUUUCAACAAAGACAACCAGUACAACAACCAUUCACAUCUGAUUCAGGUAUGUCCCUAGAAGACUUGGUUAAAUCACUAGCUGACAGCACUUGUCAAAUGCGGCAGGACCAACAAAGAUUUCAACAAGAGACACGCGCAAGCAUUAGGAUCUUGGAGGCACAAAUGUCACAACUGGCUUCUUCAUUGAGCAACUUUGAGAAUAGUGGAAGAAAGCUACCAGUUCAAGUGAUUCCCAAUCCAAUGGAGAAUGUGAGUACAAUUACUUUGAGAAGUGGCAAAGAAUUACAAGAAUAUCAAAAUGCAGUAUCUAAGCAUGAUCUUGAAGAGCAAGUUGAGGAAGAAACAAUGAAAUCUCCAACUCAAUCCCUUCCAAGGAAAGAGCCCAGAGAUGCACCCCCAGUAGUGGUGACGCCUCCUCCUCCAUUUUCCAGUCGAUAUGCAAAAUCUAGGAAAGAGGAGCAAGAACAAGAAGUUUUUGACAUUUUUUGCAAAGUUGAGUUGAAGGACUUUGAAAAGAUUUAUAUGGGAGAAAAUGUUUCAGUGGUCCUACAACAGAAAUUGCCUUGUAAACAUAAGGAUCCAUGUAUGUUUACUGUUCCUUGCAAAAUAGGGAACGUUAAGAUCGAAAAAGCAUUGAUAGAUUUAGGAGUUGCAAUAAAUAUUAUGCCUCGUUCCAUUUAUAAUUCUCUAAAUCUUGGAUCAUUAAAAGAAACGAGUGCCAUUAUGCAACUUGCUGAUAUGUCUAAUGCAUAUCCUGAUGGGAUAUUGGAGGAUAUUCCAGUUCAAGUUGAUAAAUUGGUUUUUCUUGUAGAUUUCUAUGUGCUAGAUAUGGAUGAUGAUUUUUCUGUUUCACCCCCAGUUUUGUUAGGUAGGCCAUUUUUAAUGACAUCCAAAACAAAAAUUGAUGUUUAUUCAGGAACCUUGACAAUGGAAUUUGAUGGUGACAUAAUAAAAUUCAAUACUUGUAAUGCCAUUAAAUGUUCCAAUGAGGCACAUUCUGUUUUUGUUAUAGAUGUAAUUGACCCUUUCAUGCAGCAAAAGUUUGAAUUAAAUGGUAGAAAUGCGUUGAAGGUUGUAAUCAAUUGCAAUUUUGAUUCGCACAAGAUGUCAAGAGUUGCAAAGAAAUUUGAGUUACAUCCAGAUUGA